GGUCCAGAUUAGUCCAAUUGGGUCAGUUGGACACUUACUCAAACACAAAAACAGCCCUCAUCUGUCUCUCUUUGUCGAAUUGUAUGGUUAUAUUUAUCCGCUCACUCAUCCCUACCCUUACUUUAUCUCUUUCUCAAUCUCAUCCCUUUCUCUCUUCUCUUUCACUCAAUCUCUUCCACACCACUCCAUCGAACACUCCCUGAUUACAACGACUCGACAACAUUCUUCUCAGGUUAACGGACGAACUUUAUUAAACACCCUCUUUCAUUCUUGCAUCUAACUCCCAUUACUUUCAAUCCUGGAUUUUUUCUUCUUAUCCAACAUCUCUCAACUUACUGUUCUGGUUUCCUUUCUAUCAACUUACCCUCACAACUCGACCUGUACUUAUACUACUUACCAGUCUAUACAGUGACAUCUAACAAUAACACCAAAAACAAAAACAAAACAAAAAGAUGGUCAGAUCAUCAUCCACACCCUACUGCUUUGUUAGUGGGAAGACCGACAAGUCCAAGAUUGCCUCGUCAUCCAAAUAUGUACUCACCAUUCGUCAACAGCCCCAGUAUGCUAAGCUCUGUGGAUCAAAGGAGCGUGAUCGACGUCCUAUCGAUCCUCCACCUAUUGUGCAGAUCAAACUGGCAGAUCCCUCUUCGGACAAAAAUAAAGACUACCUCCAGAGCCCCUACCUCUUCAUGUGCUGCAAUAUUAUCGAUGCUGACAAUGUCUCGGGCGAAAUCGUUGCACCUGCUCAUAGAGUCUUAGCAGGCACUGUUGUCUCGUCACUUAACCGUCUCAAGGAUGUUGAUAACUCUGAUGGUGGCUUUUUUGUCUUUGGUGACAUGUCUGUUCGGGUAGAGGGCCGAUUCCGCUUGCGAUUUACACUUUUUGAGUUGAUUGAAGGAGAAGUUGUUCAUUUGAUGACUACAGCCUCCAAUCCUUUUACUGUUUAUCCAAGUAAAAAGUUCCCAGGCAUGUCCGAGCCCACAUUCUUGUCUAGAUGCUUCUCGGAUCAGGGUGUGCGUAUCCGUAUCCGUAAGGAUCAUCAUGUCAAGCCCAAGAAGUCUUCUCAGAAUCAUGAUGGCAUGGAUGGUUUAGUCAUGCACAGCCCACCAUCAUCGUGUCAUGAGGCUGAGCACAGUGAUGUAGACGCAGAUGUACACCAGCCUGCGAAGAGAUCCCGAUCAUCAACACAUACUUACGACGACUCCGCGUACUCUUCACAUGGCUAUCCUCAGAUGCGUCACAUGACCAUUACUGCACGUCCCAAGCACUCGGAUAUCCCCUACACUUCCGAACCUCUGGAUCGAUUCUCACCGCCUUCGCCACAGUCAUUUCAGAUUCAAGACUCGAGUAUUUCAAGACCGCGUCAAGAUCCAUAUGUGUCGAAAGCACCAGAGGAUGGAUCACGAUAUUAUGGGUACUAUAGUAAAACUGACAGGCCCUCAUAUCAUGACACACAGUCAUACUAUCUUCAUGAAUACAGUCAUGCUGGUUCAUAUCCAUGUCCAUAUCCUUAUCCUUAUCCACAUCAUUCUCAGUCAAGCUGUCCUUCAGGCUAUCCACAGCCACAGGAGCAUCAUUUACAUAUAUAUGCAGAGCAACAGCAUCAUCUCCGACAGAUGCCAUCAUCGACCUCGCAAGACUAUCACCACCUCUCCCACGAACGCGGCCGUUACUCUGAAGAAUCACCUUCCAACGUCCACGCUCCGUCGCAUCCAAUGGGCGCUGCUCAUUUGUCUUAUUCCUCUUCCUCAUCUGUAAAUAAUAACAAUCGUCCUCUUCCUCUAUCUGUGCAUGCUGGUCGUCAAGAGCUCUCAGCCGAGCCGUUGAACGACCAGCGCACAGCAUCUAACGGCCAUAUCCACAAUGAUAACCACAGUCACGGCUACAGCAAUUACAAUUGUGGCCACGCGUAUCACUGUCGCACGCCAUCUAUGUCUUCACAGCAUAGUGAUGGCAAUUUCUCUCCACCUCAUCCGUUUUCUCCACCUGAACCUCAAAUGGCUCGUGGCCAAUCGCCACCGAUGUCUCCUACCUCAGCUUUGCCGUCGAUCCUCCCUUCGUUGCCCAGGCCACAUCUACAUGCAUACCCAGGCGAGAAGAUCCAGCUGCCUCCUAUUCAUACGCUCUCAACACACUCUCCAACAUUGGCUCCUAUUAGAUCAAAUGGUGGUGAUCAGCACUAUCACAUACACUCAUAGUUUCUUGACAAAAUAAAAAAC